CUUAAAUAUAUUAGAGUAGGUUAUUUUCAUGCACGUAGGUUAGGGGACAAAAAAAAAGCAUGCACGUAAAUAUUUAGAAACUCCGAAUUUUGGGCAUAAAGAUCCGACAAGAGGAAGCAAGAUUCUGGUAGACAACAUGAGAACCACAUUUCCCUCUCAUCUCCUUCAAUUCUCUCUCUCUCAAUCAUUUUUUUAUUUCUCUAGAAGAGGCUCCGAUCCCUUCUCCCCUGUUCAGGUCACCCAGGGUUCAGCUUUUAUUUUGGCUAAUUUGUCAUCGUUCUUCCCCUGAGGACCAUGAAAACUACUCGUGAACCAUUUGCUUCUCCAUGUGAGAAUCCCUCCAAUGUCGGUGAAGGAAUAUCAGAAAAGGGGAUCCCGAAGAUGGCUGGGCAUAGUAAGCUACUUUUUUGUGCCUCCAUUUCUAUCUCCGCUGAAGAAUUGCGGUGUCUCACUAUGGCCGAAGGAAAAAUAGAAAAGGAUUCAACUGAAGAAUCUCUGGACAAGGUUCAAUCACAAGAUGAAGUAUCUGAGGAGUCUACUAGAGAUGCUUCCGAAGAUGAUGCAGGGUCUACAACUUCAAAGUCCAGCAGCACUUCAGAUUCGGAAGGCAAAUUUCAAUCCCAGUGGAAAGGAUUCAUUAAAAGACUAAAGAUAACUUCAGCCAUAAAUUUGCAUACUUUCCAUCAAAGCAUGCCUUCGCUGUCUUCUAUAAAGAUGCUACCUAAAUGGAAAAGUAAGAGUACAGAACAAAGCAUGCCAACGGUUCCUACUCCUAAUCUGGAUACUGAUUUACGUCAUUGCUUUCAAGCGCACUGGAAGAAUUUCUUCCUCUCUGAUCUUCAGAAAGCUACCGACAACUUUAGCCGUGAAAACCUGAUCGGUGAAGGAGGUUCAUCUGAAGUAUAUAAGGGACAUCUUGAAGAUGGCCAACUGGUGGCAGUUAAAAGGCUGAUCAGGGGAACUCAAGAGGAGAUGACAGCCGACUACUUGUCUGAACUCGGAAUUCUGGUACAUGUCAACCAUCCCAACAUUGCUGGUGUUAUAGGAUAUGGAGUUGAAGGAGGGAUGUACCUUGUCCUUCCUCUGUCUCCACAUGGGAGCUUAGCGAAUCUGCUUAAUGGUGAAAACGGUAAGUUGUCUUGGAGCUAUAGGUAUAAUAUCUCUCUAGGUGCUGCUGCUGGCCUCAGAUAUCUCCAUGAGGGUUGCCGGAGGAGAAUCAUCCAUAGAGAUAUCAAGACAGCUAAUGUUUUACUGACGGAAGAUUUUGAAGCUCAGAUAUCUGAUUUUGGACUUGCAAAAUGGCUUCCUGAUCAGUGGCCACACCUCACUGUAUCUCAGUUUGAAGGCACAUUCGGAUACCUCCCUCCUGAGUUCUUCAUGCAUGGUAUUGUGGAUGAAAAGACAGACGUCUACGCCUUUGGUGUUUUGUUGUUGGAGCUUAUUUCUGGACGUCCAGCUUUGGAUGAAUCUCGUAAUAGUGUUGUUAUGUGGGCCAAACCAAUGCUCCUUAGUAAGAAUCACAGUGGGUUAGUUGAUCCAUCACUUGGGGAUGCCUAUGACUCAGAACAGAUGAAUCGGAUGGUUUUGGUUGCCUCUUUAUGCAUACAACAAUCUUCAUCAGAUCGGCCUCAAAUGAGCCAGGUUCACGAGAUGCUGAAAGGUACUGGAGGCAUUCUUGAGAGAAAAAAAACGUUCCGACAUGCCAGUCGUCAAGAGGAUAUAUCCCGAAAAGUGAAUUUACUGCAUGACUUGCCCUCACCAAAGUGUAAAGAUGAUAGUUGUCAAGAGAAUAUAUCCCAAAAAGUGAAUUUACUGCAUGACAUGCCCUCAGUGAAUUUACUGCAUGACAUGCCCUCACCAAAGUGUAAAGACGAUAGUCGUCAAGAGGAUAUAUCCCAAAAAGUGAAUUUACUGCAUGACUUUCCCUCACCAAAGUGUAAAGACGAUAGCCGUCAAGAGGAUAUAUCCCAAAAAGUGAAUUUACAACAUGACUUGCCCUCACCGAAGUGUAAAGAUGAUCUCAAUAACCAGCAAAAUCAGGCAGAGUUGGAGAAAUAUAACAUUAAUCCGCUGUUACAAUGAAGAUCUCUCAUGUAACCUCAACACUCUGGACAAUCAUCUCAUCCCCAUGGAGCUAUCGGAAUUCUCAACACACAUGUCGGGUUAUUAAUGUUCUAGCCCGCCAGAACUGAUUGGAUCACCACAUCCAGUUGAAAAUCUACUGAGAAAUCAAAAUGAGAAGUGCAGCAAUCAGUGUUUCAAGUUUAGACAGGUUUAACAGGUUUUUUUAGGGGUGUUGGACUAUUGGUCCCUACUAUAUAUUGAAAUGAGAAAAGAGAUGCCAAAAUAUUGUUGGGUGCAUAGCAGACCCUUGUUCUAUUUGAGUGCAUCCAGAUCUAGUAUCUUGCUGGAUAUUGAUCACGUGAAGAAUUGUGCAUACAACCAUCAACUUUGGAAGGUUAAUGCACACUAGGUUGAAGACAUGGAUAAUAGCUAAAAACUACUACUGUUUUUUCCUCAAUAGUACAUGCUUUAUAUCAGCUAGUGCAGAUUACUUUGUUAAUAGGAUUUAACUCGGUGCCCUUCUAUAGAAUUGAAAGACAAAUUUGUUAUCAUA